UCUCCGGGAGCCUCGUUUACAAUUUUUUUCAUUUAUAAACAGGCUCAGCUUUAGCGGGAAAUCAAAAUUUCAAUAUUGCGGACGAAAAGAAAUUAAUGGUGCAAAGCCUCGACAAUCAUGUAAAAAGGCAUGCACACACGAUUCAUAUAGCAAGUAAGAUAAUUAAGUUAAUGGGAGGUGUCAGAACAUCAACAUGGCAAAUAGUUGGAAUGAUAUUGCAAAUAUUAUCGCUGAGGAUCUUCAUGCCAUUGAGCCAGCAAAUAUCCGAGAGGCAAUCAAGUUGAUCGAAAAUGACAAUACAAUUCCAUUCAUUGCAAGAUACAGGAGAAAGCAGACAGGUGGGAUGGAUGCUAGUCAGCUUAGAGAGUUGAAGAUAUCUUAUGACACUUUAAGAGCAGUGAAAAACAAAGUUUUGAAAAUAAUUGACAAAGACAAAGCCAUAAUUCCAGCUGCAAUCAAGGAAUCUUUGUUCCAUGCAAGAACAAUAGAGGAGGUUAAUGAUUUGUAUGCACCAUUUAAAAAAGGAGGAAAAGGGACACUUGCAGAGAGGGCUAGGAAAAACGGUCUUGAAUCACCUGCAAAACAAGUUCUUGAAGCUCCUAACAAUUUUCUUAACUUGAACAAAUAUGUUAAGGCUAAUACAGAUGGGUUGCAAACAGCAGCUGAAGUACAAGCUGGCAUCCAGCAUAUUAUUGCCGAUAUGAUAUCUAAAGAUGAGGAACUUAACAGAAUGGUUAACACAACCCUAGAUGGAGAGGUUUCCAUGGAAACAAAGACCACCGAUGGAAAGAAAAAGGCAGACAAGGAAAAGAAAUUUGUGAAUUACUACGACUUUUGUAUUAACAUAAAAAGAAUAAAAUCACAUCAGAUAUUGGCAAUUAAUCGUGGUGAGGAGCAAAAAGUUUUGAUGACAAAACUUUUCAUGAGUCAGAAUGCGAGACGAAACAUUUUGGUAUGGCUAAAGACGAAGUGGGUCCCAAACAGUGCAAUAGGUACCAAUAGAAGUAUUCUUACAGCUGCUGUCGAAGAUGCCUUUAAAAGGCUUAUUGAGAAAAAAUUCUUGAAACGAAUAAGGGUGCGUUUGACUGCGCUUGCUGAGCGUGAAGCUGCUGACAUUUUUUCAAACAAUCUCCAGAAAUUGCUACUAGCUCCUCCUGUGCGCGGAAAAAAUGUUCUUGGUGUUGAUCCAGGAUUCAAGCACGGUUGCAAAAUAGUUGCUUUGGAUAGGCAUGGACAGAUGCUGGACACGGCUGUCAUAUUUCCAUUUGGUGGGUUGGCAAAACAAGCAGAGCCGUCGCUCGCAGAAUUGGUUAAGAAGCACUUAUGUGAUGUCAUUGCAAUUGGAAAUGGAACAGCGCGUCAUGAAACGGAGAAUUUCAUUGCAAAUAUGAUUAAAAGGGGAUUAUUCAAACCAGUGGAAGUUAGUUAUUGCAUAGUCAACGAAGCUGGUGCUAGUGUUUGGAGUGUUACAAAAGAGGCAGAGAGUGAAUUCCCCAAUCUCGACCCAAAUCUAAGGAGUGCAGUAUCAAUUGGCAGAAGGCUCCAAGACCCCCUCUUAGAACUUGUCAAGAUAGAACCAAAACACAUUGGAGUCGGAAUGUAUCAGCAUGACGUUUCUGAAAGCCUACUGAAGGGUGCCCUUGAAGGCGUUCUGGAAGACUGUGUAAGCUUUGUUGGUGUAGAUCUUAAUGCCUGUUCUGCAGCAAUGCUUAGACGUAUAGCGGGAUUAGGCAGCAAAAAGGCAGAUGCAGUCAUCGAAUGGAGAAACAAGAAUGGUCCAUUCAUCAACAGAAAACAACUUUUAUUGGUUAAAGGUUUAGGGCAGAAAUGUUUUGAGCAAUGUGCAGGAUUUGUGCGAGUCGCAGCAAGGUUGAAUGAUAACGAGGCUCCUUCUUGCAAGGUAAAAUCACUGAGAGCCACAGGAAUGAAACGCAAAUCAGAGUUUAAUACAAAAUUGUCUUCGAAGAAAAGAAAACUCGAAGGGGAGACCUACCUGCCAGAGCCGUUAGAUCAAACAAUGAUUCAUCCAGAAUCCUACUCAGUGGCUUACAAAUUGUUACAAGAAAUUGAAGCAGAUGCAAAUUUGAUUAGCACCAAGCGAUUAACUGAACUUUUAGAAAAAACAUCAAAAACCAGGUUUGAUGGACUUGUGCAGAGACUAAAUACAGACGAAGAGACCUUAGGACUAAUAGUAAAGGCCCUAAAGCAGCCAUUGGGUUACGAUCUUCGAUCAGAAUUGGAACAGCCUUUGUUCAAGAAAGAGCUACGAACAAUUGAUGAUUUAGCAAUAGGUCAGCUCGUGACUGGAGUAGUCAGAAACAUGACGUCAUUUGGGGCCUUCGUAGACAUUGGGCUAGAUAAAGAUGCCUUGAUUCACCGAAGUAACUUGGCCGGUUGCAAUGACCUUGGACCUGGAGACAAAUGUGAAUGUUUUGUGAUUAACGUGGAUAAAUCAAGACAAAGAAUUGGAUUAAAGUUUAAAUCUAGAAAAAAUAAUGUAACGAUGCUAAGGUAAAGACUAUAUAGCAAAUUGAAGGAAUAA